AUGUCCGACGAGGACGACGAGAUCAACAAUGCCCUCCUCGGCCUCGCUCGGCGUUCCAACUCGCCCUCCGCUGACCUGCAAAUCCAGAAGCGCCUGCAGCAGCAAAAGAUUCUGGCGGACGCCAUUGCUCAGAAUACUUCGCGCCAGAGCCGCUCCAGCCGGUCCAAGCAGAAGGGCGUCUCGCCGGAGCGCUCGCCCUCGCCGCAUGCCUCCCGGUCGUCCUCCUCCCGGUAUGGCGACCGUGGGGACUCGGUGGAGCGCGACCGCGGCGACCGUCGCGACCGGGGGUCCACCUCCUCCUCUUCCUCGAUGUCGGAGUACGACCGGUAUGAUGGGAGCCGCGACCGCGAGCGCGGCAGUAGCAGCCGCGGCAGCGGCCGGGACCGGUAUGACGAAUCCGGCCCCGAUGAAGGCCGCUACCCAGAUGACGGGGACCUUGACGAUCACCGGUACCAUGCCUCGGGCCGGGACCGGGAUCGGGACCGCGGUCGCGGUGACCGUGAUCGCUAUGAUGACCGAUACGAUGACCGGUAUGAUGACCGGGACCAUGACCGAUAUGAUGACCGAUAUGAUGACCGGGAUCGCCGGGACCGUGAGCGCGAGCGCGAGCGCGAUCGCUAUGACGAUCACGAUCGCCGGGACCGCGAGCGCGACCGCCGCGACCGUGACCGGUACGAUGACCAUGAGCGUCGGGAUCGGGAGCGCGAGCGCGAGCGCGAGCGCGAGCGCGAUCGCUAUGACGACCGGUAUGAUGACCGGGAGCGUCGAUACGAGGACUCCGGCUCGCGGUCGCGUGGUGCCGGCUCCAGCCGCUCUUGCGGGGCCGAUGACCAUGAUCCCCUGUCGGAUAGCGAGACCCUUGGCGCCGGCGAGUCCGAGGAUAUGCUUCUGUCGACCGGGCGCCGGGGCCGGGCUCGGCCCCAGGCGGCCGACGAUCACCACGGCCAUCGGUCUUCCGGGCGCACCUCGCAUCAUGGCUUCUCCGACGAUGAGCACGACUACAACCAUGUCAGUGACUUCAGCGACAGCAUGGAGUCCGACUACCGGGAUGACGACUCCGACCGCGAGACCGGGUCCGGUGGGGGGUCGGCCGUCAGCGCCGAGCAGCAGCCCCUGGACUUGGCGACCGUGCACCGGCUGCAGGUCCGCCGUAAUGAGCUGACGGAGUGGUGCUUCCGUGAUGACUUCCCAUCCCUGGUGCAGGGGGGCCUCAUUCGCGUGAGCGUCCAGCUUCCGCCCGGGGGGGCCUCGCGUGGCGCCAGCAAUGCGGGCCCCAUCAAGGUGGCUUACGAGAUCAGUCGAAUUGUGGGGGCCCAGGACUGCUCGGACUCGCCCUACUCGGUGGACGGGUCACUGGUGCACAUGGCUCUGAUUGUGGCCGGUGGCCGGGCGGGCUCGCGCCUUCCCGGGGCUGACUCUCGCCACUCUCAGCAGGUCAUCCGCUUUGAUUACAUCAGUAACUCCCGCAUUGAGGAGGGGGAGUUCAAUGCCUGGCUCCAUGAUGAGGGGGCCAGCCUCCCGGCGCCAGCCCUCCUCCGGCGCAAGGCGGAUGACAUGGCCGAAAUCCGCACGUCCAAGAUCCCAGAUGACGAGCUUCAGCGCAUUCUCGAGCGCAAGGCCCAGCUCCGUCGGCCGAAGCAGCGCAACCUGCAGGAUGAGAUCCGCAAGUUGGAGAACUUCCACACCGUCUUCAGCCAUGCGCAGCUGACCAACACCUCGCCGCCGGGGAACAUCCUGUCGGAGUUUGUCUCAUUCGUCGGGCAGAAUUUCACCCCGGGCACUCCGCCCGAGCGGCUGCUGGCGGCGAUCGACCAGAAGCGCGCCGAAAUUGAGCGUCUGCUUGAGGAGCACCGCGAGAUGUUCCUUCAGUCCCGCAAGGGCAACCAGGCCCAGAAGCUCCCCUCGCACCUGACGCAGCACGGUGUCGGGGACAGCUUGACCGAGUCGGCCCUCUCGGGCCUGGCCGGGCUGUCCCGCGAGACCCGGUCCUCGCUGACCUCGGCCGCGCAGCAGCUCCUCCUGUCGGUUCUCCAGCAGCCGGCACCUUCCUUCCCCCUGCGUCAGCCGGCCCUCCAGCGCGGGACAGCCUUCCCGGUCAAUCCGCCUGGCGUGACCGCCGGCUCGCUUGCAGUGACUUCGGCUGGGUCCAGCAGCACUCCCGGCAAUGAGUCCGAAGCGGCCCCCCACCAAUUCACCCUGCGUGGGCUGCUGCGGUGCCCGUUCUCGGCCCCGGGCCGCUCGGCGCCGGCCGCCUCCUCUCACAGCCCCCUCGACCGGGAGAUCACCUCCUUCCUGGAUCUUCAUCAUUCGAUGAGCGUCAGCACCGCGGUGGAUCUGUCCUUGCUGCCGCCGCUGGCCGCGGUGUCCACAGCAACGGGCCAAUCCUCCGUGUGA